AAAUAAAUAAUAAAAUUCAAAUUAACAAAGAAUCAGAAUCAGAUAUCAGCAUGUUUCGCCGUGGCAAAUUGUCGUUUCUGAACACCAAGGACGACCGCAUUAAGAUUAUAAAUGAGCGAAUAACGCAGACCGAACGCCAUCUAAUGGAAAUGUGUUCGGCAUUCGCUUUGGUGACAAGAAAAAUGGCCAAAUACCGCGACGCGUUCGAUGAGCUGGCAAAGGGCGUCAAGGGCUAUGCGGAUGACGAGGAAAUCAACGAAAGUCUUUCCGCUGGCCUAAAGAGCUUCACCAAUGCCGUCACCAUAAUGGGCGACUACAUGGACAUCAAUGUGCAUCGGCUGGAGCAUAAGAUUGUCAAUGAAAUGUCGCAGUUUGAUCAGCUGUGCAAGUCCACGCGCGAUAAUCUACGACUGGCGGUGAUUGCACGGGACAAGGAGGUGCUGCGCCAGCGCCAGAUGCUGGAGAUCAAGUCCAAGUUUGCGGCCAACAAUAGUGCCGCCGACUCGGAGCUGUUCAAGGCCAAGAUGGAGGUGUCGCGUACGAACAAAGAGAUUGACGAUAUAAUCGGCAACUUUGAGCAGCGCAAGCUGCGCGACGUCAAGCAGCUGCUGUGCGACUUUAUCCUGAUCAACAUGAAGCAGCACACCAAGGCCCUGGAAGUGCUCAGCGCCAGCUACUUUGACAUUAGCAGCAUCGAUGAGCGCGACGACUUUCUCGAGUUUCAGAAGCUAAUGAAAACCAAAGAGGAGCCGGCGCCGCGCAAGGGCACACUGAAGAAGGGACUGCGCUCGCAGUCCAUGGACAGCCUGGAUCACGAGCAGCUGGUCAGUCCACUGAAGCGGCAUCAGAAGCUGUCCCGCAGCAGCAAGAAUCUGGCUGGUGCGGGCAUAGCCCAUGCCAGCAAGCAGCAGGAGCAGGAAGAGACUGAUGAGCAGGAUGACGAGGAGCAGGACGAUGAGGAUGACGAUGAAGAGGAGACUGAACAGAGUGGCGAGGAGGAUGAGGACGAAGAGUCGGGCACAGCCUCGGACGACGAACGCGAGCCCGCCCAAGACACACCGCCCACGCCAAGGGAGAAUGUGUUUGGUGUCAAGUCCAGAUCCGCAAGCAGCAAAGAGGCACCCCUAAAACCCAUCAGACAGAGCGUUAAACAUCCCUUCAAGGCGGUGGCCGCGACGCAUGUAAGACUGCAGAAGCAAUUCCAAGUGCCACAGCACUAGCACCACCCACCCGCCCACCAAUCACCAUCGACAAUCACCACUUAGAUCUAGAACAAGUCAUUUGCAUACGCUAGUCAUUGGUCACGGCCCAUUUAUCUGCAUUAUUUACUCGAAAUAAACAAAUAAACAGCUGAAAA